AUUCCACUCACACAUUCUCCAUUGCCUUACGCAUGUGCUUGUGAAGAUCCUGGCCAGAUUAUCACCCUUUGCUGAGCACAGCACCUUCUCAUUAAAUCUAAGGGUAAGAUGACCUCUCUAUGCUUUCAAUGCCUUCUGUCCUUGUUCUUCAUUGGCCCAACCAACCCAGGUGGUCAGAGACAUCUCCAAAAUCCUUCUAAGACUCCAAACAAUUCAUCAGGUCACCAAGAUCCAGCCGAGGAGUGAGCUGUAUAGCUGCCAGCACCUGGAGGCCUCUGGGCAAGCAAGUGGUCAUCCCGAAGGACUUCUGUUCCCUAAUCAAGAGUCAGUAUGAGGGCCGGGGCGAGCGCUGAGGAGAAACACUCCAGGGAGCUAGAGAAGAAACUGAAAGAGGACGCUGACAAAGAUGCCAGGACCGUCAAACUUCUGUUGCUAGGUGCUGGUGAGUCAGGGAAAAGCACAAUUGUCAAACAGAUGAAAAUUAUUCACAAAGAUGGUUACUCCCUCGAAGAGUGCUUGGAGUUCAUUGUAAUCAUCUACAGCAACACCAUGCAGUCGAUGCUGGCCAUUGUGAGGGCCAUGACCACACUCAACAUUUCCUAUGGAGAUGCUGCUGCACAGGACGAUGCAAGGAAGCUGAUGCACUUAGCUGACACCAUUGAGGAAGGCACCAUGCCAAAGGAGCUGUCUGACAUCAUUCUGAGGCUGUGGAAGGACACAGGCAUCCAGGCGUGCUUUGACAGAGCCUCCGAAUACCAGCUCAACGACUCUGCCGGAUACUAUCUGAAUGACCUGGAGAGGCUGGUCAAACCUGGCUAUGUCCCUACUGAGCAGGACGUCCUGCGAUCAAGAGUGAAGACCACCGGUAUCAUCGAGACGCAGUUCUCCUUCAAGGACCUCAACUUCAGGAUGUUUGAUGUGGGCGGUCAGCGCUCAGAGAGGAAGAAGUGGAUCCACUGCUUCGAAGGUGUGACCUGUAUCAUCUUCAUCGCUGCUCUGAGUGCAUACGACAUGGUGCUGGUGGAGGAUGAUGAAGUGAACCGAAUGCAUGAGAGUCUCCACUUGUUCAACAGUAUCUGUAAUCACCGUUACUUCGCCACCACAUCCAUUGUACUCUUCCUCAACAAGAAGGAUGUCUUCUUGGAGAAGAUCAAGAAAGCUCAUCUGAGCAUGUGCUUCCCUGAUUACGAUGGUCCCAACACCUUUGAGGAUGCUGGUAACUACAUCAAGGUGCAGUUCUUAGAUCUGAACUUGCGACGAGACAUCAAAGAAAUCUACUCCCACAUGACCUGUGCCACAGACACAGAGAACGUCAAGUUCGUGUUUGAUGCCGUAACAGACAUUAUCAUCAAAGAAAAUCUCAAAGACUGCGGUCUAUUCUAAGCAAGCAAUGUGUGGGAUGAGGUGAUUAUAAUAUAAUAUCAAAA